CACGAACCCUCAUGGCCGACGCGGCUGCCAAGACCGCCCUAUUUGCCGCCCUCGCCGACGACGCUCGCGCCAUCUACUGGGACGCGCUCUCGCGCUUCCUCACCCUGCAGAUCGACAAGCCCGAGUUUGACAAGCUUGCGCUCGCGUCGCUGCCGGUGGAGGCAAUCCCUCUGCACAAUGGGCUGAUCCUGGCGCUGCUGCGCACCGCUCUCGAGGCGCAGUCCGGCGCACCGGAGGCUGAGGAGGAGGAGGUUGGCGCGCAGCCGUCUGCGCCGGCAGAGGAGCGCAAGCCUCUCGUGUCGGGGAGCGGCUCCAUACGGAGGGACGACACGGGAAAGGAGAGCUUCAGCGCUGCCGGCGACGGGCAGGCGCACGAGAGCGGCGCUGCGCCGGGCGCCGGCCUAGGCGCCGAGCCGCCGCCGGUGGACCUGGCCGAGGCUGACCAGCUCAACGCGCUGCACGACCGCCUGCUCGGCCUGUGCUGCCGGCAUGGCGUCCCGCGCGUCCAGCUCGAGGCGGUCUCCUUUGUCCAGCGCGCCGUCAAGGCGCACAUGCGCCGCCUCCUCGUCGCGAGCGCCGAGUUUGCGCCGGCGGCAGGAGAGGGCGGCGCGACGCGGCGCACCGUCGGGACACGCGAGCUGAACGCCGCGCUCACGCAGCCGACGUCCUCGGCGUGGCUGCCGCCCAACCAGCGUCUCGCGUCCGCAACGCGCAGCGCCGCGCUGGGCGGGCGCCUGUUGUGAGGUAAGUAAGGUACACCUUGUAGCCCUUAGGUAACAAGGGGUAAGGUAAGGUAAAUUUCU